AUGUUGUCUAGGACUUUGAGUAGAUCUACAAGGUUUUUACACUGUUCCACGUGUUGUUGUUCUGCUGAACAACCAUCAACUAGUUUUGAUUCGACAUUGUCUUAUGUGGAUGGUGUCAAAACUCAGUAUGGUUCUGAGUUAGAAAUACUCAAUGGGAAACUGGCUACAGCUCAAGAAGAGCGCAAAAAGCUUGUUAUGCCUGAUAGCCGAGAGUUCUCUGCACUGAUGUCGACAUCCGUCAUUUCGGAGAAGUGCAGUCUAGUCCCUGUUGGAUCUACCGUGAACGGAUUAUAUUGCGGGGGAUCUGAUUUAGACUUUGUGUUCGUCCCACAUGCUGCUCACAGGACUCUUUUCCUGCGAGCUUUUCAUAAGAGUCUAGGAUUCAGAAAUCAAUUUCUCUUCAGUCUUCUGAAGUUACUGGAGAGAGAAGUGAAGCAGCUUGAUGUAACAGUGACGAAAAGCACUAUCGUAUCGAAAGGACGGGUGCCUUUGCUAUCUGUGAAUUUGAGCAACAGUAUCAAAUUGGACAUUCAAUUCUCAGAUGAGAACUUCCAUGCAAUAAGAAACACUCACUUAAUAAGGAUGUACAGUAAUUGUGAUGAACGGUUCAUUCAGCUUUACAUUUGGCUUCGCACACUAGCGUUGAAGUUCCAAAUCUUGAAUAGUAAAGUUGGUGCCUUAGCUUCUUAUCAUUUAGUUUUGUUAAUUGUUCAUUUUCUACAGAGUGAGAAGUGUUUAACUCCAUGGCCAGUAUUGCCUGUUUUGGGUCUCACUCAUCCUCAGGUGGUCGGCAAAAACAUAGACAUAGACCACAUCAUACAUUUUUCGAAAAGUACAGAUAAUCCGAUAGCGUGGAAAUCCCAUAACAAAAUGACGAUUUCGGAGCUAAUUGUUCGGUUUGUUGAUUACUAUUCUUCAUUCCGAGCCUCAGACUCUGCAAUAUACAUAGAUACGGGAAGGGUAUUAAGACGGAAGCAUGUGUCAGAUCCGAAUUGCUUACAACUCUUUGAUCCGUACUCCAGACAAAGCGUUUGUCGAUCACCUUUUGCAUCUUUUGCAUUCGUUGAAGCGAUGCACUACGUGCGGAAGCAUUUCAAGAAAGGAGACAUGAUAACAUCCUUUCCCGAAUAUGCGGAGGAAGCACAAUCUUUCCUAUCUGAAACGAAAUGGAAACACUGGCGAGUCCACAUGGAGGAGAUGAAGAAAAUUCUGUGA